CAAUGCUUGUUAUGAGGAAGCUAGUAUAACGGUAUUAUGUUCAUAGUUUAUUCCAUCAAGAAAUGAUUUCUUUUGCGUUUUCAAGUUGGAGGAUCGACAUAACUAUUUGAGAAGGCUCUCAGGUCUGACAUUGAAUAGAUGAGAAGACGUACCCCACCCUCUGCUUCCACGCCCUCAACAUGACUCCAUCACAUGAAGCAGCCCAAGUCGCUAUAAAGUGUUGAGGACUUCGAACAGGGUUACGACCAUGCGUAUGACGGAGAUCGUCCGGUCCUUCUUUAUCCUCAUCAUCUCGUCGAUGACCGUGACGGUUCUCUGUCAGUUCUACCUCCUAUUUCAGAAGAACUACCACGCCACCAGCUUCGGCAGUAGUAGGCAACUCAAAGGGGUGGAGCAGGAUGGCAAGGUCCAAGAGGGGGUACCACUCGAGCGGUUAUAUGAACUAAAGAAAAAUGGCAUUUCUGCGCUUGCUUCGCAUCAAUGGCAGCCGCGAGACGAGGCCCUUGACAGUUGGAAACAUGGCGUUGUCGAGUUAAAUGUUCAGGAUGUGAAUAAUGCCAGUGAGGGUUAAUAACAAUGAGUAUGCCUCCAAGAGGCUAAUGAGAAAUUCCUCAAUACUUCUCCCAGGAGAGAUAGACGAGAUCGCGAGGGAGUUUUACGCCAAGCUUGCUGAGAAACUGGAGAAAAAAGAAAAGGUCAUCUCAGUUUUACCCACGAUGUCGAAGGCACAACGAAUCAACAUCUACGAAGAAGCCUACAAGAAGUACAACAUCUCGUCCAAGAAGGGCACGGUCGUUGCCAAGAACAAGCGAGGAGAAACCAAGGUCUUGGUUACCAAGCCACAUGUGUUACCGACCGAUGAAACAUAUCUGGGACCUAUGCUUGAUUUUGCUAAGGAAUUCAAAGAAACAGACGAAUCCAGAGAACUAGGCGUGGAUACGAACAGAUGGUACGACCAGAUCGACCGCAUCGAGAAAAGUUGAAGAGGGCUAAGAUGAUAAAAACACCUGGAAUGUUAAAUUCAACAGUUUGGAAGUCGUAUAUAGAUUUACACGA